AUGAUACUGCGCAAAUUCAGCUUCUACCGAGCUGGUUCUACUGGAAUUUGUGUUCCUGCUCGCAAACAAGAUACAGAAGAGUUCUCCAAAUACGGAACCGGUAUAUGCUCACUCAACAAAUUCGAUGGAGCAAACCUCGUCGCUUCACAACAUAGAAAGAGUCUAAAGAAUAGAACAGAAAUGAAUAUUUCUCAUUUUCCGCUGCCGAAAACCACAGCACUCUCUCCGAGCUUCUCCGUGGAUCUUCCUAUAAGUUUGGAUGAUAAAAGAACUAAUGACAGUCAAAUGAGCAACGAAACAUUGACAGAAAUACAAUCCAUCUCUCAAGAAAGAAAAUCAGAGUCAGAAAAGCUAAUCAGGAAAUGGAACCUUGCCGCUGUUGUCGUAGUGGUGGGCUGCGCCGUAAAUACCGUAUUAUUCGCAGUAAUGACUUUAUUGACCGCUAUGAUGCUCAACAGAAUCAAAUAUGAAUCGCUGUAUAUGCUACUUGAUUGA